AUGUCUAAGCGUGCAAGUUCUGCAGCAGCUACGCCAGAAUCCCCAUCAAAGAAAUCUCGGUGUGAUCCACAUGCCUUUACUCAUCGAAAAGUAGCCACUGCUGAAGCUGCAGCUGCGGUUGACGCGGAUCCCCCUCUUGAUAAACUGCUGCGAGCGGUAAACAAUGGUGUGAAAGAACAGAAAAAGGGCGAUGCUGUUGUGUAUUGGAUGAGGAUGAGUGACUUGAGAAUUUCAGAUAAUACAGCUCUGACGAUGGCUUCUAAGCAAGCUAAAACGGACGGGGUGCCUCUGGUCGUUAUUUUUGUCAUUUCCCCCCAAGAUUAUGUAGCCCAUGACCGUGGUCCUCGAAAGAUUGACUUUACUCUACGGAAUCUUUCGUCUAUCAGAGACGCGCUUGUAAAGCUGAACAUCCCGCUAUACACGUUCACUCAGGAAGUACGAUCGAAGUUACAUCAGGGGGUGGUAUCUUUCCUUUCCGACAUUUCAUCUACAAGUCUCUACGCCAACAUCGAGUAUGAAGUUGACGAACUGCGAAGGGAUCUGAAAGUAUGCGCUCUAGCAAAGGAAAAGGGUAUCAAAGCGACGUUCGUACACGACAAGUGUGUCAUAGAACCUGGCCUUCUCAAGACGAAAGGAAAUAAAGCAUAUGCGGUAUACUCUCCCUAUCAACGCAAUUGGUUGGCCACGCUUCAUGAGAGACAAGACCAUUAUUUGCAUGAUUAUUCUGUAGUUGGGGCCAAUGACGAGAAAAUCAAAGAGCUGGAGAUGUUUUCGAAGCUGUUUUCGUCGGCAGUUCCCAAGCACGUUGAUGGUUUUAAAUUGGAGGAUGAAGAUCAGAAGAAGAUGGAAAAGGUUUGGCCAGCCGGGGAGGACGUUGCUAAGCAGAUGCUCGAGCAAUUUUUGCACUCAAAAUCAAAGUCUAGUAAGUUGGGAGCUGUGAGCCCGUUGGAAGGAGAAGCGGAAGCUUCGGAUAAAGCAAGUCGGUUGAUCAAAUAUGGUAAAGACAGAGACGAUGCGACUCGGGAUAAUACGAGCAGACUGAGCCCGUAUCUUUCGUCGGGUGUUAUAUCGGCGAGAGCCUGUGUACGUGCCACCCUCACAAUGCAAAGUUCAAAGAAAAUUGAUGGAGGACGGGAUACUGGCAUCGGACGAUGGGUUCAAGAAAUUGCCUGGCGAGACUUUUAUGCGAACAUCCUGACCUUAUUCCCUCGCGUCAGCAUGGGCCGGCCUUACCUUGAAAAAUACGCUAAAGUAGUAUGGGAGAAUCACCAGGAAAAGGGCGCAGGAGGGGGCGGAGAUGCUUACGCUGGUGCUGAUCCUGAUCCUGUAGGCCAGGGGAAAGAUGGUGAGAUGUUGAAACGGUGGAAGGAAGGGAAGACGGGGGUCCCGAUUGUAGAUGCUGGGAUGAGGUGUAUCAACGAGAUGGGGUGGGUUCAUAAUAGGUUGAGAAUGAUUGUGGCCAUGUUUCUGACGAAGGAUUUGAUGAUUGAUUGGAGAGUUGGGGAAAGGUAUUUCAUGCAAACUCUUAUCGACGGGGAUUUAGCGUCAAAUAACGGAGGAUGGCAGUGGAGUGCAAGUACUGGUGUCGACCCUGCUCCAUACUUUCGGAUUUUUAAUCCGUAUUCUCAAAGUUCCAAGGCCGAUCCCUCUGGCGAGUUUAUUAGGCAUUUUGUACCCGAAUUAUCUAAACUUCGAGGAGAAGAAUUACACAAACCGCCUGCUUCUGUCGCCGACAAGCUCGGUUAUCCUCGACCCAUCGUGGACCAUCAUGAAGUAAGGGAUCGUGCGUUGAGGCGUUUCAAAAACCCGGGAGAGAAAUAA